GGCUAACGCACCUGUUAUCCCAACAAUCCGAACGGGUGACGUGGGGUCUUGACACAGCACUCAUUCAGAUACAACUGCGAAACAUGCGGGGUCUCCCGCAGACGCGUCAGAAGAGGGGAUAAAGUUCGGUAAAUGCACCCUGCUCGGCACAGCACCUUCUGAAUUGAAGGACGCAGGAGAAGGCUGAUGCUUGCCGCCCUUACUACAAGCCCACAUGGUACAUAAGGAAAUACCCUGCUGCUACGCUCACAUGCUUGAAUACUUCCAGCCUCUUCCCUCCUGCAGACAUUCGCAAAUAUUCCUUGAUCUUGUUAGGACAGAGUUCAACACGUGGAAAGUACCGAAAUAUACACCUAUAAUGCUCGGCAAGAUUAUCCUGGAAGAGGCUUUUGCCUUGCCCCGCCUGGAGGAAAAGACCAAGUGGUGGGCUAGCAUGUUCAGUACAGAUGCAGAGAAGCAUACAAGAGAGAUCCAGGAUUUGACAGAUAUCCGACUCAAGUUCGCCGACCAGUACGGAGUCGGUUACACCAUUCUCUCAUAUACCGCCCCCGGUGUGCAGGAUAUCUUUGACCCCAAAGAAGCCCAGGCUUUGGCGGUUGAGAUCAACGACUAUGUCGCUGAACAGAUCAAGCCAUUUCCGGACAGGCUGGGAGCUUUCGCCACGCUCUCGAUGCAUGACCCAAAGGAAGCUGCAGAGGAGUUGCGACGGACGGUAACAAAGUACGGUUUUCAGGGUGCGCUGGUAAAUGACACCCAGAGAGCUGGUGCAGACGGCGAAGAUUACAUCUUCUAUGAUCAGCCAGGGUGGGAUGUUUUCUGGAAGACACUCACCGACCUUGAUGUCCCAUUGUACUUGCACCCACGCAAUCCCACUGGUAUAGUUUUUGAGAAGCUGUGGAAGGACCGCCAAUGGCUGAUUGGUCCUCCUUUGUCAUUCGCUGUGGGUGUCAGUCUCCAUGCUCUCGGCAUGGUCACAAAUGGUGUUUUCGAUCGCCAUCCUAAAGCUCAAGUGAUUCUCGGGCAUUUGGGCGAGCACAUUCCGUUCGAUAUGUGGCGUAUCAAUCACUGGUUCGAGGACCGCAAGAAGCUGCUGAAGCCUGGACUCGACUGCAAGAAGACUAUCCGCGAGUACUUCAACGAAAACUUCUGGAUCACAACGUCAGGUCACUUCUCCACAACAACGCUCAACUUCGUUAAGGACGAAGUCAGCGCCGACCGUAUCUUGUUCUCCGUCGACUACCCGUUCGAGACCUUCGAAGAUGGAUGUACAUGGUUCGACAAUGCUGAGAUGAACACGGGGGAUCGCCUGAAGAUUGGGAGAGAGAAUGCGAAGGGUUUAUUCAAGCUUGGCGAAUACAAGGACUCGAGUGCAAAGGUCAUCUAGAUCGAUCAAUGUCGCAGUCUACGUACAGCUUGCUCGGUCCGAUAAGUACUCGGUCCUAUGUGAACAGAGUUUCACCAUAACCCUGCUGACAUCCGAUCAUUCCGGUAUAUCAACACGUAGACUUACUUCAAUUCAACUUCAGUGUUCC